AUGAACGAUGAGGAGGAACGGAUCUACAUGUAUUCUGACCUUUUCUCGCAUCGUCUGAGCGGCGAAGAAAACAGCGAUGCAGACGAAAGGGAAAAGAGGAAGAGCAAAAAAAAAAAAAAACAACUUAGCGAGAGUAACCUAAAGAAUGGGGAAAAUGAAUACAGCAAACUGAGAGCUGAAAACUCAACCAUUUUAAAUGACUACUUCGAUGUAGAACCGAUUAGAUGUCUUAACCGUGAGGUGAUAGAUGCGUCGUUACAGAGUGAUUUUCUGCAAUUUCCACAGAACAAGGAACACACAUUGAAUAUCUUCGAUGGGGAGCUCACCCAGAAUAAGCACUCCGUUCAGUUGCGAAAGCCUGGAUUUUACUGCAUCUAUGUGGAGAAUAGUAACAACAGCAAAUGGGACAGCAUCUACUUCGGGUUGUCCAAGAUGCAGGUGGAACUGAACUACAAACUGAUCCCGCAGAACGAGGACAAGGGCACCCAGGGGAAGGCCGAGGAGAGGAAGAAAAAGGCGACUCGGGAGAAGCAACAUGGGAAGAAGCAUACAGCGGAUAACCAAAGGGAGAAGGAAGAGGAAGAAGCAGACGAAGCAGAACCAAUGAUAGCAGAAAACUUCAACAUAGAUGACGAAAUUAACAAAAUCUGUAAAUACAAUUUUGAUCAAACAGAUAUCCUAUUUGAAGAUUCAAAAAAAAGGAAGAACAGAAAAGAUACAAGUCAGAUUAAGGGGAGAAAAAAAAACUACUACGAGAAUUUAGGGGUGAAGAAUAAUAGGAGAAAAAAGGAGUCUAGGUUGUUUGAAGAGAAUAAGACAAACACGGAAAACAUUUCGUGCACCUUUCACGAUGAAAAUCAGAUAAGGGUUUCUUCGAAGAAGAAGAAAUACGUUUAUCUGUACAAUGGAACUGCCAAUAGCAUGCUGCACGUGAAUGUCAGCACUUGCAUGUCCCUCGGAAUGACCAUCCAGUGCCGAUACGGGUUGCUUUACUGCGGGAAGUACCACCAGAUCCCGCAAGACCCGUAUACUCCUUUUAGAAAACCCGUGUCCAUACUGUCCCUGGACGGAGGAGGCAUCCUAGCCAUGUCCACGCUGAUCGUGCUGAACCGGAUCGAAAAUGAAAUCAGGAAGGAGAUCGGAAACGACGACGUGAAGCUGAUUGACUGCUUUGACAUGGUGUGCGGAACGAGUGCAGGUGGGAUGAUAUCCCUGGCCCUCUUAAAAGAGAUGGGGCUCCGAGACAUCACCAAUAUGUUGCCAAGUACGAUGAAGAAAAUAUUUGAAGGAAGCAGGAACCUCAUUUCUGGCAUCCUAUUCGAAGGAUACGAUAUCAAUAAUGUGAAAGAUUUAUUUAUGGAGAAAUUAGGAAGCAUGUUUAUGUCUUCCUAUAAGGAAGUCUACUGCUUCGUCACGGCAACUGAUGUCAAGCAUAACCCAUACAAGUUAUUUCUCCUAAGGAACUACUCUCAUAAGUAUAACGCAAUAAAUGGAGAGUCUUAUGAAGGGAUCAAUAAGGUUCCCUUGUGGCUAGCUGCCUGGGCAACUGCCUCAGCCCCGACGUAUUUGAAAGGACCCAGUUCUGAAGACAUAAAAGAUCUCGGAUUCCAUAUCAAGCCAGAGAUACAUCUCGUCGAUGGAGCCUUGAAGGCCAGCAACCCUGCUCUUAUCGCAUUGGAAGAAUGUGCCCGAUUGAGUAACAAAAAUCUCUCUGCCUUUAUUAAAGAAGAACUCGAUACGCUAGUCUCUAUAGGGACAGGAAAGUAUACGACGAAAUUGACUCAAUCAGGGACCAGCGGGAAAUCGGCCUCCACGUUUGAAAUAUUACUUAAUGGGGCUCACCUGCUAACUAGAGCGAAUGAAACACAUCGAGAAGUGCUGCAGUGGCUGUCGGAAAGACAGAAUACGUAUUUCCGAUUUAACGUGCCCAACAUUGGCGAUAUAAAUAUUGACAGCCAAGACGUGCGUGACUUUGACAUCAUCGCAAAGGCCACGCGCGACUACCUCUUCGACGAGAAAUUCUACGAGAUAAAGCGCCUGGCGCAUAAGCUGGCAAACAACUACAUGCGCUCCAGGUAUCUAUAG